UGCAGCGCGCUCCGUCUCGCUUGGAGUCUGCGCCGGGCAACUGGGCCGGUAGUGGCGAUGUCCGGCCGAUCCAAACGGGAGUCUCGUGGUUCGACCCGCGGGAAGCGGGAGUCCGAGUCGCGGAGCAGCUCGGCUCGCGUCAAGCGGGAGCGAGAUCGGGAGCGGGAAACCGAGACGCCGAGCUCCCGGAGCAGCCCGGUGCGCGUGAAACGGGAGGUUGAGCCGGCGAGCGCGCGCGAGGCCCCGGCUCCAGUAAUCCCAGCCGUGAGAGUGAAGCGGGAGCGCGAUGUCGACGAGGACUCGGAGCCUGAGCGGGAGGUGCGAGCAAAGAAUGGCCGCAUGGAUUCUGAGGACCAGAGGAGCCGCCACUGCCCGUACCUGGAUACCAUUAACAGGAGUGUGCUGGACUUUGACUUUGAAAAACUGUGUUCCAUCUCUCUGUCACAUAUCAAUGCCUAUGCCUGUCUGGUGUGUGGCAAGUACUUUCAAGGUCGGGGUUUGAAGUCUCACGCCUACAUUCACAGUGUCCAGUUUAGUCACCAUGUCUUCCUCAACCUCCACACCCUCAAGUUUUACUGCCUCCCGGACAACUAUGAGAUCAUUGAUUCCUCGCUGGAGGAUAUCACGUAUGUGUUGAAGCCCACUUUCACAAAGCAGCAGAUUGCUAACUUGGAGAAGCAAGUCAAGUUUUCCCGGGCAUAUGAUGGCACCACUUACCUGCCAGGUAUCGUGGGCCUGAAUAACAUAAAGGCCAACGACUAUGCCAACGCUGUCCUUCAGGCUUUGUCUAAUGUUCCUCCUCUCCGGAACUACUUCCUGGAAGAAGACAAUUAUAAGAACAUCAAGCGUCCUCCUGGGGAUAUCAUGUUCUUGUUGGUCCAGCGUUUUGGAGAGCUGAUGAGAAAGCUCUGGAACCCUCGAAAUUUCAAGGCACAUGUCUCUCCCCAUGAGAUGCUUCAGGCUGUUGUCCUUUGCAGCAAGAAGACUUUUCAGAUCACCAAGCAGGGGGAUGGAGUCGACUUUCUGUCCUGGUUUUUGAAUGCUUUACACUCAGCGCUGGGGGGCACAAAGAAGAAGAAGAAGACUAUAGUGACUGACGUCUUCCAGGGAUCCAUGAGGAUCUUCACUAAAAAGCUUCCUCAUCCCGACUUGCCAGCAGAAGAAAAAGAGCAGCUGCUUCACAAUGAUGAGUACCAGGAGACGAUGGUGGAGUCCACUUUUAUGUACCUGACGCUGGACCUCCCUACCGCACCCCUGUACAAGGACGAGAAGGAGCAGCUCAUUAUCCCCCAGGUGCCCCUCUUCAACAUCCUGGCCAAGUUCAACGGCAUCACUGAGAAGGAAUAUAAGACUUACAAGGAGAACUUUCUGAAGCGCUUCCAGCUCACCAAGCUGCCUCCAUAUCUCAUCUUUUGUAUUAAGAGAUUCACUAAGAACAAUUUCUUUGUGGAGAAGAAUCCGACUAUUGUCAACUUCCCUAUUACGAAUGUGGAUCUGAGAGAAUACUUGUCAGAAGAGGUGCAGGCAGUGCACAAGAACACCACCUAUGACCUCAUCGCUAACAUUGUGCACGACGGCAAGCCCUCUGAGGGCUCCUACCGGAUCCACGUGCUUCAUCACGGAACAGGCAAAUGGUAUGAAUUACAAGACCUCCAGGUGACGGACAUCCUUCCCCAGAUGAUCACACUGUCAGAGGCUUACAUCCAGAUUUGGAAGAGGCGAGAUAAUGAUGAAACCAACCAGCAGGGGGCGUGAGGAGGCAUUGAGAACUUUGCUUUUUUCCCUGGGGCUUUGGCUGAAGAUGUAAAUGAGAAGACUGAACCCAGGUUGAGGGCAUGUCCCUUGAGCCAGGCCUGCUUUCUGUGCUCUGGUUCAUACCAGAGCCUCAGGGCUUCGUCUGCCUAGGAUGGCCCUGGGCUGUCACCCAGCUGUUCUUUGAUCAGUUUAUUGGCGCUGGAGGCCCCUUCCUCCUUCCUGUCUGGCUCCCCUCUAGCAGGGCCGAACUCUUUUACAGAUGUAUGUAAUUUAUUUCUGAGUAGCAGAAAGUAGCUGAAGGACAAGAUAGUUUUCUUCUAAGCAUCAAAGCUUCGGAAUCCUAGAAAUAAGAGCUUGAAGCCAGUAACACUCUUCUUCCAUAGUAGAUAAAUUGUUUUCCUGGGGUUCUCUUCAUUUCCUGAUGUGUGUUUUGGGAUGAAUGAAAUAUUUUCUCAUUUUUAAAA